GAACCCGGAAGUGCUGGCGGUCCCAGGAGAGCAGGCGGAGGCCGCGGCCCGUCUGGCGCUGGGCGUCGGGCUGACUGAGCGGGGGCGGGGGCGGGGAGCUGACUGAGGAGGCAUCCGCCUUGCGGGAGCUCCACGAGGAACGGGAGCGGCCGGGCCUCCCUCGCGCCCUGGAGCGAGCGCCGAGCGCAGCGAUGGCGGCGGGGACGGCGGCAGUCGCCCGGACAGCCCCGGCCGAGCCGCGCUCGGAGAGACUCAUCCAGAAAGUGUCCAGAAGAACCUUCCUGUCAGAAAAGCUGAAAAUGCAGUAUUUAUAACCCUGGGAUUUGCACAUAAUUUGUCUAAAAUGGCUGAAAACAACAGCAAAAAUGUAGAUGUACGGCCUAAAACAGGCCGGAGUAGAAGUGCUGACAGAAAGGAUGGCUAUGUGUGGAGUGGAAGGAAGUUAUCGUGGUCGAGAAAGAGGGAGAGCUGUUCCGAGUCUGAAACCGUAGGUCCUGGAGAGAAAGCCGAAGCUUCUCGAAGGAGCCAAGAAAGGGAGCAUGGCUGCUCGUCCAUUCAGUUGGACUUAGACCAUUCCUGUGGGCAUAGAUUUUUAGGCCGAUCCCUUAAACAGAAACUGCAAGACGCUGUGGGGCAGUGUUUUCCAAUAAAGAAUUGUGGUCGGCACUCUUCGGGGCUUCCUUCUAAAAGAAAAAUUCACAUCAGUGAACUCAGGCUAGAUAAGUGCCCUUUCCCACCCCGCUCGGAUUUAGCCUUUAGGUGGCAUUUUAUUAAACGACACACUGUCCCUGCAAGUCCAAAAUCAGAUGAGUGGGUGAGCGCAGAGCUCCUUGAGAGCAAGCUGCGGGACAGUCAGCUAGAACGAAGAAGCACGGAGGAAGACACAGCCUGUCUCUCACACACCAGCGUUCAGCCUUGUGUCGUGACUACCAACGGUGCUUCUUGUGGAGGCGGCCACGUGGCUGGCUCUGUGUUGCACUUGGUCACAAACAACAGCUUAGAAGACAGUGACAUGGAGUCAGAGGACGAAGUCCUAACACUGUGCACAAGCUCCAGAAAGAGAAGCAAGCCCAGGUGGGAGACGGACGAUGAGGCCCUGCAGCUGGACGCGCCUCCCCAGCCCCACACCCACGCUGGUUACGUGCACUGCCUGGUCCCAGACCUGCUUCAGAUCAGUAACAAUCCGUGCUACUGGGGUGUCAUGGAUAAGUACGCAGCCGAAGCUCUGCUAGAAGGAAAGCCAGAGGGCACCUUUUUACUCCGAGACUCGGCACAGGAAGACUAUUUAUUCUCCGUUAGUUUUAGACGCUAUAGUCGUUCUCUUCACGCCAGAAUUGAGCAGUGGAAUCACAACUUUAGCUUUGAUGCCCACGAUCCGUGUGUCUUCCACUCCCCCGACAUCACUGGGCUCCUAGAACAUUAUAAGGACCCAAGUGCCUGUAUGUUCUUUGAACCACUUUUAUCCACUCCGUUGAUGCGGACUUUCCCCUUUUCCUUGCAGCACAUUUGCAGAACAGUUAUUUGUAAUUGCACGACUUACGAUGGCAUCGAUGCCCUUCCAAUUCCUUCUCCUAUGAAAUUGUAUUUGAAGGAAUACCAUUAUAAGUCAAAAGUUAGGUUACUCAGGGUCAAUGUGCCAGAGCACCAAUGAUGGGGAAGGUCAGGAAUGUGGACUUGCAUACAUAUUUUCAUUUAAUAUCUUAUUUUUCUUAACGCCUCUUUGAAUUUUUCUACAAAGGCAGUUAGAAUCCAAAUUAAAACUGCCCUAAAUUUUAAUUCCAGAUCAAUUUAUUUUUCUUAUGAUACACUUGUUAUAUAUUUUUAAGCAGGUGUUUGGUUUUUGUUUUUACCAUGUAAAUCUUAUGCUUUCCCCUUAAUUUACAUAUGGUCCAGGCAUAUUUGAAAUUUGAAGGCAUUGCAAAUACAUUUGAACAUUCUGUAUUUUUUUUAAAUAAUCUUCUGCUCUUCGCUACAUGUAAGAUAUUUUGCUAAUCUAUCAGUAUUCUUGUAUGGCAGAAUAGUUAUUCCCAUUUUCAUUUUAAAAUUCUUGCGUAAGGAUGAGUUUGAUAAUCCAUCCAUGGUAAUGUAAUUAACUUUUUAAUUGCUACUAGGAAUGUUAGGCAACAAAAUGGUUUAAAAUGAAAUUUAAAGUGUUUCGUUUUAAAUUUUAACUAUUUUGUUUGUCUUUUAAUCUGGCCAGUGAAAAACUACAAUGUUAUGUUCUAGAGGUGCAUUUGUUCUACAGUAUGGCAAGAUUGUCAGUAAACCCAAAUGCAGCAGCCCUUCAACCUGGAGGGGGGCAGAGUAUCAUAAUGUGUUCCUUUCUUACUGGAAGCUUUACAAAUAAAAUAGCAGUAUUAGAAGCUUGCAGUUGCUCAGGCAACUAGAGCUUUUCUAUAUUAAUUAUGGACUGUUGCAUCUACUUAGCACUUUCCUAGGAACUCUGGUUCCCAAGGGAAAAUUCACAGUUUCUAAGCAGCUCCCAUAUCCACCAUAACAAAGAGGCCUGAAUAGUUUCUCAUUAUUUUAAACUGAACUUAAGUAAAGAUGCAAGCAAAACACAUGGUUCAAAAUUUAGGAAGCUUAAUAUUUGGUCUUUACAACCUAAAUAAUUAUUUCUGUUUUCAAAACUAACAUUUUUUGUGGCUUCAGAAAAGAGAAGACAUGGUAAUAGGUCCAUGACGUAUCAUUACUGGGCAGGAGGACAAAACAGUAUUUCACAUUUACUGUCUUAAGGGCAGCACAGCGUUUUAGGACCAUCACUGGCCUGAAGUACCCAGUAAGAAAGACAAGUGGAUUGGUGCCGUAUUUCUCUCCUCGGUGGCUGACCUACACACGUUCCCCAGUUUUCCUUGUGGUAGGCUAUCUGCCCCUUUAAAUAUUGUAGUAAUUCUUAUUUACUUGUGUGUGUGAGACAGACAGACAGAAUCUCUCCAUGUAGCCUGAGUAUCAGGAUUACACCUUUCUUUGUCUUUUCUUUUUUUCCUUUUUUUUUUUUGUUGUUAUUUGGUUUGUUGUUAUUGUUUAGUUGGCUGGAUUUUAUGUUUGUUUGCUUGUUUGUUUGUUUGUUUGUUUGUUUGAAACAGGGUCUUUCUGUGUAGCUCUGGCUGACCUUCAGCUUUCAGUGUACACAAUUCUGUCCUCAAACUCACAGAGAUCCUCCUGCCUCUGGCUCCCAAGCACUGGGAUUAAAGGCGUGCACCACCAUGCCUGGCUAGUAACUGAUUUUUGAUGGUAAUCCAGCUGUCUUAGCAAACUUUUUCUCCCUGGAUUGAAUGAACAUCGGCUCCCAAGUUUCCACGUGAGAACAAAUGUUUGUUGCUGGAAUGGUGGUGCACACCGGUGAUCCCAGCACUUGACAUCCAGAGGGAUGAAGGCUGCUGCAAGUGUAAGCCAGGCAGAGCUGUGUGGUGAGCAUUCGUCUCAAAAAGUUCUUUUCCUUAACUCUUGUUGCAUAUGUGCUAAAGCAGCCUUUUCCGGUCUUGAGGGGGCUGUUAAAGUAAAGAAAAGAGUCUUCAGCAAGCUUUUACCGAUCAUGGUAGUGCACGCCUGUAUUCCCAGAACUUGGGAGACUGAGGCAGAAGAAUUGCUGUGAGUUCUGGAACAACCUAGGCUAUAGAGUGAGACCGUCUGUUUCUCAAUACAGCCCCCCCCCACCAAAAUAAAACAAACUAAAAGAUUUAACUUUUUCAAAAAAUUACAAAACUAAAAUGGGGGAAAUCUGUUACCAUUCUCUUCUAGAGUUUUUUUCCUUAGUGUUCUGCAGAUCAUCUUGAUCUCUGUGAGAGGUAGCCACUCAAGAUGUGCCUCCUGUAGAUGCAAUGAGGCUCAGUUGGGGUAACUACGAACCCUCGAAAGACGAUGCUGACCCUUCUGAAAGUGGAGUCUCUGACUACCUCAUUUUUGCUGCGGCACUUUUGUAGUUGCUGAGAUGCUCAUCUUAUGACAUUUCUAAGUCUCCAUCUUUGGUGGCAACAUUUAUAGUGUGGUAAGACUCUACUCGUAAUUAACAGCUUUUUAUCAGAAUUUGAUAAAACCUUCUGUUUCUGUGAAACAAUUAUUUUUAAUAUUUUUCUUUUAAAAGUAACUUUUUAUCAGUACAGAACUAUCUACAGGAUGACUAGCUUGUGAAUAUUCUGUUAAAGGGUAGUUUUAUAAAGAAAAGUAAAAUAUAAUCAUGCCUUUUAUAGUGAUAAAAUUAGUGUUUAUAUAACAGUCAAGAUCUGACUAGCUUUUAAUAUACUUCAGACUGAUUGCUUAUAUUUUCUCUGGCUUUUUUAUUCUUUUCAAUUUCACGGCAUUAACAACUGUUAAUAUUUUUAAAAUACUGCCAUGUGUAGCUUUGGAAUGUGUACUGAGGACAGGAGAGACUCAUUCACUCUGAAAUGUGUACUGAGGACAGGAGAGACUCAUUCACUCUGAAAUGUGUACUGAGGACAGGAGAGACUCAUUCACUCUGAAAUGUUUUGUGUCUUUCCUUUGGUACUUACUACAAUGAAAAGAAAUGGGAAAGUAGAGAUAAUAAAGACUUGAGAAGAGAACAAUUUAUUGGGAAGGAAAGAGAAAAGAGAAACCAAAAAGUUGGGGAAUUGGAAUUUAGAGAAAUUACUCACUUUGCUGUGUUUCUGUGAAGCACAUCAAUAUUCAAAAAUCCAACUCAUAAAAACGUUUAAAAUGUAUUUACUGAUUGAAAUUGCUAAAAAUGAAUACAUUUUAUGAAGUAUGCAGAGAAGUCUGAAUUAAAGGGAAAUGUUGUUAACUCUUAAAUGAAAUUUGAAUCAUGUGAAUAGUAUCAGCUCCAGUUGAAAAUGUCCAGUGCAGGGCUUGAUGUGCACAUCUUUGACCCGCAUUCGGGAGACAAGCAGGUGGGUCUCUGAGAGCUGAAACCCAGCCUGGUCUACACAGUGAGUCCAGGCCAGCCAGGCUACAUAGUGAGACCGUCUCAAAACAACAGCAACAAAAAGAAAUGCAGCUGGUAUGUCGGAAAUGUAUGGGGUUUAUUUGUGAGAGCGGACGGAGCUAGAAGAAACAGGAUAAAAUACUAUAAUUAAAAAUGUAGGCAUCCCUCAGGGAGAAGCCUUACAGUGAAGGGAAAUACUUUAUCGCUAAUAGCUAGUCUGGAGCAGACGCUGACUGCUUUGGGAACCGCCCCGCACAGUCAGGAAAUGGACUUGACUAUGCCAUUCCUCUUGAGGUUUUCCAGGGCAGAUCCGUAUGGGCUUUGUUAAGCCUACAUCUUGAGUCGUGCUAUGAUCCCUGAAAUGUGCUGAUGGAUUCUUUUUAGUUUCCUUGGGUAUUUUUCUAUGAAGAGCUACAUGUGAUCUUUCUGACACAUAACCAUGUCAUUGGCCUAAAUAAUUAUAUGGAGAGAAUAUUAAUUUAAAGGGGACCUGAUAGGAAUAUUAAAGGAAGCUUUUAGUCAGCCUGUGGCUAGAUUUAUUGAUUUGGUGAAAAAACCUGUAUUCUUUGCUGACUUUCAGCUAAUGGCUAACUGUGGCCAAAGAAUCACUUUCACUUAAUGUUUUCACUUAUAAGUAAGAUAAAGAAUGUUUUAGUAAUUAGAAAUCCUUUAAAACGUAGAGCAAAUGUACAAAUAAGACUCAUCUUUUUUUAUAAGAAAACACAUAAGCCUUUAUCAUUUAUUCAUGAGCUAAAGCCAUUAAGAUAAAUCAAAUUAUCAACUUCCUGCCUGUGAAGUUUGGGUCAUUUUUAUAGAAACAUGUAAUAGAGCACUUCUUUCCUGUGAGACAGAUGUUUUGUGAUUUCUUACCCUCUCUCAUUAAAAGUAUUUGUCACAUUUUAAUUAUAAUCAGAAUCCAGUAGACAAGUAUAUCUUUAUUUUGGCAGGGCAAAUUUCACAGACUGUAGACUUAAUUAUAAGCCAGUCCUGAAGACAAAACAUUUAAAGUAGUCUUUCUAUUCAGCCAGGUUUGACAGCACACCCCGUUAGUUCCACCACUUGCGAAACAGGCAUGUGGAUCUUUAUGAAUUCCAGGCUAGGGCUACAUAGUGAGAGCCUGUCUUCAGGGGGAAAAAAAAACAAAACAUAAAGUAAUGGUUAUCCAGUGGAAAAGGCUUUGAGACAAAACUAACUCUAGUAUAGUGUUUCUAAUUUGUAAUUUUAAAGAGAUUAUUCUAUGCUAAAUCCUCUUUUGUCUUACUUUCCUGUGAAAUAUAAGUAAUGGUACUGUCCCUUGGUUUCCUGAAAGUUCAUUCAGUAAGAGGUGUCCCUUGGAGCAUAGUUGAAAAUAACUGCAGAGUAGCUGUUCAGUACUAAUCAAGAAUGAUCAGUUUUCCAAAGAGCACCACUGUGGAGCACACAAAACCACAUUCACUUAGUCUGUAAUAGGUCUUCCUGACUUGAUCUGACCAUGGAGAGAACAGAACAAUUUGGGUAUUACAAACUCUACAAUUAGAUGAUUGCAGUUUUCUUUCUGCCUCUAUGUAAACUGAUGUUUGCCUUAUUUGCAAAGCUGAUUGCAUUUGCAGGAAAUAAAGAUAACUUUUUUGUUGUUGUUGUUGUUUUUCAAGACAGGGGUUCUCUGUAUUGUUUUGGAGGCUAUCCUGAAACUCGCUCUGUAGACCAGGCUGGCCUUGAACUCACAGAGAUCCGCCUGCCUCUGCCUCCUGAGUGCUGGGAUUCAAGGCGUGCGCCACCAAUGCCUGGCAUAAAGAUAACUUUUGCCAUUGUUAUAAAUCAAGUCUAAGCUUUCAGCCUUGGGAGUCAUGGUAUAAAACUCAAGAAAAUUUAUUUAAAUUUUGCAGGCUUUGCUAGAAUCGGAUCGAUUUUUGUAUUAGCCAGUGUGAACUAUAUAUACUUGAAUACACAAAGCCUAAUGAUUUCAUAAAGCUAUGUUGUCCAUCAUGGUGUGUGGCCUAUACUAGCUCCACUUUCUAACCUUGACAGACAUUUGUGUGGGCGUUUAAAAUAUUUGAUCUAAAUAAAUUUUCAUUUAAUUAAAUCUUCAUAUAUGAAAUCCAAAA